AUGGCCGAGAAAGCAAACGAGACGUAUCUGAUGUGGGUGGAGGGAAAAGAGGUGGAAGGGGGAGCGGAGCAACUCGCCGUUGAAGAUCCAGCAACAGGGGAGAUUUUCGCACAUUGCCACGCAGCCUCGCCCGCCGACGUCGAGCACGCAGUGCAGACGGCGCACAAAGCGUUCAAGUCAGGUGUCUGGUCAAAGGCCCCGCGCCACGUUCGCGCCGACAUUCUGGACCGUAUCGCCGAACUCCUGGUCCAGAAUCUGCCUCGACUCAUCGAGCUGGAAGUACGGCAGACGGGGCGCGCGAUUCGCGAGAUGAAGGCCCAAGUUCCCACCCUGACAAAGUGGUUCAAGUACUAUGCCGCCCUCAUUCGGACCGAGGAACGCUCCGUCUUGCCAACUGUUGGGAAGCUGCACAACUGGGUUGACAGAAAGCCGCUCGGCGUUGUUGUGCAGAUUACUCCAUUCAACCAUCCUAUGCUGAUCGCGGUCAAGAAGAUUGCUCCUGCCUUAGCGGCUGGUAACUCGAUUGUGCUCAAGCCGAGUGAGUUGACGCCGCUAACGAGCAUUGAGCUAGGCAAGCUCAUGAAAGAGGCGGGUCUGCCAGAUGGUAUUUUUAACGUACUACCCGGCGACGGUAUAACUACGGGUAAAGCUCUAGUCGAGCAUCCACUCGUAAAGAAAGUUGAUGUUACCGGAGGUACACCAGCUGGACGCGCCAUUGGCGCCAUUGCAGGACGUAAUCUUGCACACUACACCGCUGAGCUCGGCGGCAAAGCGCCGCUCGUCGUAUUCAAGCAGGCGCAUAUUGACCUCGCCGUCAAUGGUAUCGUAUUCGCCAGCUUCAUUGCUAGUGGCCAAACAUGUGUCGCAGCCACACGCAUCAUCGUAGAGAACAGCAUCCUCGAUGAAGUCGUAGACAAGCUGAAAGCCAAAGUGCAAAGCAUAGAGAAGCGCAUGGGCUCUCCCAAGAAUGUAGAAUCAAUGAUGGGCCCACUCAUCUCCACAAAGCAACUAAAAAACGUCGAAACACUCGUCAACGACGCAAAAGAAGCUGGCGUAACCGUCAUAACCGGCGGCCAGCGAAUGACAGCCAUAUCCUCCCUCGACGCCACCGACUUCUCAAAAGGCUACUUCUACCCGCCCACAAUCCUCACCUCCAGCCCCACGGCUAAAAUAACACAAACCCGCAUCUGGAAAGAAGAAGCCUUCGGUCCCGUCAUCGUAGUUGUCGGUUAUGACACCGAAGCCGAAGCCCUCCAUCUCGCAAACGAUAGCGAAUUCGGUCUUGGCGCUGCCAUCUGGACGCAGGACCUAUCGCAGGCGUUCCGGGUGUCAGAGGCAAUUGAGAGUGGGAUUUGCUGGGUGAAUACGCAUCAUCGGAAUGAUCCGAGUUCGCCGUGGGGUGGGAUUGGCAGUUCGGGUGUGGGCAGUGAGAAUGGGGUUGAUGCGUAUAAUGCGUAUACGACGGCGAAGAGUACGAUUAUUAAUUUUGCGAGUGUAGAGGAGGGAUUGGUGGGGGAUGAUUGGUUUAGAGAGGGGGCUGGGGAGGUGAGGUAUGGGUGA